AUGGUCACUUUUCCUUGUAAAGUAAUCGGAGUUAUCAAAUUCUUCAUCUCAUUUUUAUUUCAGAACAAUGGAAGGAAAGAGAUUCCCCGUGUUUGGGUUGAUGGCGUUUUCGAUGUAGCACACUUUGGACACUACAACAUGAUGAGACAAGCUGCUGCUUUGGCCGACGAACUUUAUGUUGGUGUACAUAAUGAUGAAGAAGUCACAAAGAACAAAGCUAAGCCAGUUUUCAAUCUCCAGGAAAGAAUGGAACUUGUUAGUGCUUGCAAGUGGGCCACAAAGGUUAUCCCAGACGCACCAUUCACAACACAAGUUGAUUGGCUAAAGAGAUUCGACUGCGAAGCAUGCAUCCAUGGUGAUGAUCUCGUUCUCAACUCCGAUGGUGUUGACUGCUACAAGGCUGUUAAGGAUGCAAACAUGUUCGCAACAGUUCCAAGAACAAAGGCCAUAUCAACAACAAAUCUCAUCGGCCGUAUGCUUCGUCUUCCAAAGGAUCAGCUUCCAGAAGGCUUCGAUACAUCAUUACUUGAGAACCUUUCCGGUGAUAUUUCAUCAUUCUAUACAUACAUGCCAACAACUCACCGUAUUUCUCAGUUCGCUUCCCACAGAGAGCCAACGAAGAACGAUAAGAUCGUCUACGUCGAUGGUACAUUCGACCUUCUUCACCCUGGCCACGUUUCAUUCCUCAAGAAGGCCAAAGCUCUCGGCACAUACCUUGUUGUUGGCGUUCACCCAGAUCCGCUCCCAGGUGAGAACCGCCCAGCACCAAUCAUGACCCUCCAGGAACGUGUUCUUAACGUUUUGGCCGUCAAAUAUGUCGACGAUGUCAUCAUUGGAGCUCCUUACGUUAUUACAAAGGCUUUAAUCGACCAGAUCGAACCAGCCGUCGUUGCUGAAGGAUCUUCCGCUACACGUCCUAAAUCUGUUGACGCAUUCAAGAUUCCAAAGGAGAUGGGAAUCUUCCAGCAGAUCGAAUCUGACUAUCCAGAGUUCACAUCCAAGCUCGUCAUCAAGCGCAUCCUUGACAAUUACCAAAUUUACGCUAAGCGCAACGCAACAAAGGAGAAAGCUGCUUGCGAGAAACUCGCUUAA